GUCAUCAAUCAGUUAUUAGUUCCAAUUUGUUUUGUGCUUUGCUGAAGAUGUUUCGUUUGUUUCCUGUUAUUGCCGCUUCCUGCUGUCGUAUGGUACCCCUACCUACGGAAAUAUGGGCCCUAAUAUUUAGGAUGUUGGACCCAUGUUCAUUAGUUGCUUCUAUCAGAGCCAAUCCGCAAUGGAUGGAUAUUUGCGUCGGAGAUUCUAUUCUGAGACAGAAAAUUCGAGAAGGAUUAGAACUGGAGAGAAAACACAAUCUGGAGGUUGUCAUAGACCCACGGACUACUGUCCAAACUUUUCGAUUGGGUAAUACCGAGAGGAUGUUUUCCAGUAAUAUGAGAAAAACAGUAGUCCAAAAGAGGUCACGAAUACAGAUUGAACCAAUUCCAGCAAAGAAGAGGAAAAUGUUAAUACAACUGACUCCAACUGAUCAGGAGAUGAAGACGAAGAGAGCUAGAAAGUGUGUGAAAUAUCGAUUAUAAAUAAUUGAUUGUAAAAUUUCAAACAUUUUUUGUGAUUUUGUGAUUUGAA